AUGGGGCUGGCGACAGUGGGGAGCCGGAUGCCUUCCAAGCCCGGGGUCUACCUACAGUUGGCUGAACUGCUCAGCUUUGGUCACUUCCACGUGCAGCUGCUGAUACUGCUGAGUGUGCCCAGCUUCCUGACUGCCUUUUACAUGUUCACCCAGGUCUUCAUGGUCCUGGACGAGGCCCACUAUUGUUCAGUGGCCUGUGUCAGGAACCAGACUCUGAACCUGAGCGCGGCUGAGCAGCUGGCCCUGAGCUUGCCCCUGGAUGCUGCAGACAGUCCCGAGCCCUGCCUCAUGUCCAGUUGCCCCCCUGGUGCCAGCCUGGAGUACAUCCUCAGCCACAGCUUCAGUGAGACACAGCUUUUCGAGGCCGGCUGGUACUACCCCUGAGCUCACAUCUGCCUGUGUCUACCUCAUUUUAACAUGGUCUAUGGUCGGAAGCAUCUGAAGGAAACCUCCCAGUUGGUGUAUGUGGCUGGGCUCCUCAUUGGGGCGCUCAUCUUCAGGCCCCUCUGCAACUGGAUUGGCCACAAGGCCACUCUCCUGGUGCAGCUGCUCCUCUUCGCCAUCCUUGGCAUGAGCAUAGCCUUCGUGCCCAGCUGUGAGCUCUACAUGGUCCUGUGCUUUUCUGUGGCCACAGCUGUCGCUGGAUAUAGCUUCAGCAUUGUCACCCUAUUUACAGAGUGGGUGGGGCCCUUGUGGAGGAUCCAGGCUGUGGUCCUGGCACAGCGCACCUUCUCCCUGGGGCAGAUGGCUCUUGCAGGACUUGCCUAUGGCGUCCAGAACUGGAGACUCUUCCAGAUUGCUGGCACUGCACCUGUCUUUCUGCUCUUCUGCUUCUGGGCCCUGCCAGAAUCUGCACGGUGGCUCCUUACCCGGAGGAGGGGAGAGGAGGCCAAACAACUGAUCCAGAAAGUGGCCUUGGUCAACAGGCACAAACUCCCCUCCGAGCUCCUGAGCCAGGUACUUGCAGCCCUGGGUCAGCCCUGCCUGAUGGGACCACACAGACCGGCCUGCCUGGCCCCUCACUCUGCACAUCCCUCCCAACUGGCCCCAGAGAAGACCAGCCCCGCAGGGAAUGCCCUAGAUCUGUUCCAACACCCCCAGCUCUGGAAAGAGACCCUGAUUCUCUUCUACAUCUGGUUUGUGGACAGCCUGGUGUUCUAUGGUCUGGGCCUCAAGGUGGGGCACUUUGGCCUGAAUAUCUACCUGACACAGUACUUUGGAGCAGUCGAGGUGCCUGCCUGUCCCUGCAGCAUCUUUAUGAUGGAAUGGGUGGGCCGCAGGUAGAGUCAGUUGGGGACCCUGGAUCUGGGUGGCCUCACGUGUAUCACCAUCAUCUUCGUCCCAGCAGAUACCAGGGCCUCUGCCACUGUGCUGGCCCUGGUGGGGAAGUUUGCCUUGGCGGCUGGAUUUACCAUCUUCUACGUGGACUCUGCUGAGCUCUUCCCCACUGUCAUCAGGCAGACGGGCAUAGGGCUGGUGGGCAUCUUUUAAAGUAUCAGGGGCAUCCUCAUGCCACUCAUGAUCCUGCUGGGCGAGUAUCAUGCAUCCCUCUUUGUGCUCAUCUAUGGCAGCCUCCCCAUUGGAGCCGGCUUACUCUGUGCCCUGCUGACAGAGACAUGUGGCCAGACCCUGAAGGACACCGUCGAUGACCUGGAGCAAGAAUCCUGACCACACUCUCUGAAGGCAGUGCUCUCAGAAAAGGAUUUGGAGGCCUCGGGAAGUAUUUCCAGCCCAGGGGUAGCCUUUAGAGCAGCACUUAGCUCUGUAACUGUGUCUCCAAAGCUAGACUGGCAGCAGCAGAGAGCUGCCUAAACACUCCCCUGUAAAUAGCUGGACCUGUGAGCACCACCAGCCUUGCUAAUGGAGGUAAUACCCUGUAAGCUGGCCCCAGAGCCAGCCACCCACUGCCUGGCCCAAUCUCAGAAGCAUCCUAGGUGGGCCUCCCCAAAACCCCACCCCCAGUACCCUGUUCUGAAUUAGAAUCUUGGGUGUGUCUUGGGUUUAACUUGUUCUCUGACACUCUUUGGGGAUGUGGCUCCUCAGAUCCCCUCCAUCUGGGAUUCCCCCGUCCUGAAAACAUAAUCAAGCCCAGAACAGGACAGCCGAGUAUGGCCUCUCCCAACCUUUGAAGUCAUGGACCCAUCCAGGCAGGUGGACAAGGGGGAGUUUGCAGUUCCUCCAGUGGCUGGACCAGACCUGAAUGGAUAAGGUGGGACCCACAAGACAUUUGAUCUAGCUGAGAGGAGACUGAUUUAGUCAGAAUCAAAGCUUCAGGGUUGCCUUCUCUUCAGAGAUUCUCCUUCACCUGCCCUUCACUCAGGACCAGUGGCGGGGAGAGGCAGGACAUGUCCCUCUCUAGGCCCCUCUUUCCUUUCAUUCUCUGCUGCUCUGGCUCUUGCAGGGCCCGUGCAGGGUAAGGGAAGGGGGCAGAAGUCUUCUUACUUGGUGGCCACUCGUGUUGGUUCUUUUGGGACUUGCAGUGAGUAAUCAUCAGUCAGUGGCCCUGGGAGGCUCCUAAAAUUAGGCUUUCUUCACGAAUAUUCAGGGAUUCUCAGUGAUCACCCCAGGACCUCUGUGUUGCUCCUUAGUAUGAACAAGAUGCUGGCAAAUGACUCCUUGGAACCCUAUUUCAUCUCCUGCCCCUCCCUGUGGACCCUCACAUUGUAUCUCUUGGGCUGGCCUCCCUUACAAGACAGUCCAACUAACACAAUCAUAGCAGCACAUUAGCCCAACUGUCCGCCUUCUUUCUGCUUGCACCCCAAGAGCUGGUCACAGCUAGAGAGCAUCAUACUGGCAGCUCUCCUCUCUGAAUCCACGGGCAGCAGUACUUCCUGAGUCUUUAGCAGCACCUUGUAUUCCUACCAGCUUUUCAAGUCAGCUUGUUUUCCAAUUCUCACUGGUAGCUAUUUCUCAGGUCCACUCUGCUUGUCUCCCUUCCUCUUACCCUCUACCAGAUAGCUUCUCAUCCUCCUCUCAGAGAAAGAAAAAGCCAUCCUAUGGCCACUCCUCAAAUUUCCCACCAAGAAAACUUUAACCUACACUCCCUCCUCCCCUGGGCGGGGAUCUGGGAGCAGCUGAAUGGAGCAUCUGUCCCUCCCUUGACUUUCCUCUCCAUUCUUUCUCCUUAGGCCCGGGAAUUGGGGGUGAGCAAGUGGUGCCUGGAAGGAUGGCAGGAUUUCCCACAAUGGAGGUGGAGCCAUUAUGGGGGAGGCAGGUGCUCUGGGUGUUGGGCACAGUCUGCAUGAAGGCAUGGGGCUGGCUCAUGUGGAGAUUUUCCCAGUCUGCCUUGCCCCUUCUGUCCCUAGGGCCUACGGCCAGUUGUGCCCCAGUGGUAGAAUGCUGAUCCCCCUCAUCCUACCCAACCCCAGGACCUCCCCACCCCAUUGUGACACUGGGCUCCCUGGACACCAUGGAACCCAAGGGUUCUGCUUCCAAGGGUCCGGCUGGGCCUGGAUUGUGGUCAGGUGGGCCCUGGCUUUAGCUUGUGGUCCUGUCUCUAGGGAGGAAGGGCUGGGAGGGUGUGGAGGGUUUCGAUUAUGAUGAUACCCAGCAAUUGUGGGGCUGCAUUCUCAGUAUAGGUGUUGACAGGAGCCUGCCGGACCCUGUUCAACUGUGGGAAGUCUGUGGAAGAAGGCUGCCCUCCCAGGAAGCGUGAGUUCUAAGAUGUGGCAUCUGGCCAUUUCCUGCCCUCAGAAAGGGGGCUGCUUCUGGCCGUACCUCCCUGUCCCAGGCCUCAGUUUCCUCUUUUUAUAUUGGGAACCAGUUGCUGGGGUCUGUCCACCUGGUUGGGGACCUUUGGGAACAAGUGCUUGAGGUUCUUGCAGACUGUCAGGCCCCUGUUGGACAUUCAGGUGAUGCUCGGGGAACACUGAAGGGCACUCUGCCAGAGAAGCUGGCUCCAGGCCCCAAACCAAAUCUUUGUGAGCAAAACAAAAGUUCUCUCCAUCCCUCCCUCCUUCACUGCCCUCUUUCCCUCCCUCCCUAGGAAGUCUCCUCUAUCACGUGACACUCUCUCCAACCUUACACACGUACACACUCUGCUAUCUUCCUGUUGCUGUUGUAACAGAUUACCACAAACUUACUGGCUUUCAACAACACAGAUAUAUUAUAGUCUUGCAGGUCAGAAGGCCAACAUAGACCUCACUUGGCUAAAAUUAGGUGUCACAGGGCUGUAUUCCUUUCUGGAGGCUCUAGUGGGGAAUGUAGUUCCUUGCCUUUUCCAGCCUCUUGAGACUGCCAACAAUUCCUUGGCUAAUGGUCCCUUGUAUCUACAAAUCCAGCAAUGGCUGGUCAAAUCUGGAGAGAUGUAACUGAAGUGUAUUCAUUUUCACUGCUGUAUUGUUUGCCAUUCGAGAAAUAUACCACAGUUUAUCCCAUUCCUCUCUUGAUGGGGUUUUUGGGCUCUUUUCCCCACCUCCCAUAUUUGGAAUGUAUUGUCAUGAAUGUUUUUAUACUCUUCUUGGAUCAUGUGUACAAAUGUUUACCCAGAGUAUACAAGUGGGAAUAGAAUUGCUGGGUCAUAAGGUGUGAGAUUGGGGCUUCCCUAGUGGCUCUGCAGUAAAGAAUCUGCCUGCCAA